AUGGGAUUACCGAUUUUACAACGACCAAUGGGAAAGAUACGCCGUGACAAGAUAUGGCGAUGGCGUUGUCAGUGGAGCUUAGUGACGCUUGCAGCGAUAGCUCUUGUCGUUUACAACGCGGUUGCCAACAUGUGGUUAUUGAGUCCGUCGCCUUGCACCGUGCGGAGUACUCCUCCACCCAGCGACCUACCAACUUGCGAGCCCUGCGUCGACACAGCCGCUGUAAUGGCCGUCGACGAUGAUCCAAUUUCCAGGCUCGACUUACGUCUCGGCCGAUGGGACAACUCCAGAUCAUACAGAUUGUUCGACUACGCAACAGUUGGUGAUAUGUACGCAGAGGCUUCAACAAAUCGGCGCGUGUGCUUAGCAACACAGAGUUCAAUUGAAAGGUUACACGAAUUGCUCAGGAUAGCUGCUCAUUGGUCAGGACCUAUUUCUGUGGCGGUAUUCGUAGCUGGGGAUGAGUUAAGGCUUUUAAGAGCAUUUGCUACUUGGUUGUUCCGUUGUCAGCCAGAAAUAUACGCUCGAUUGGCGUUACAUGCCGCUACACCAGUAGAUAGACCAGGUAUUCAGGGAAAUGUGCCAAGUUGGGCGAAAAACUGCGAAGUGGCCCCAUUGCCACCAGGAGAAAGAAGAGCAGAUACGGUCUCGUGGAGAGCACGUCACCCGUACCCACAGAAUCAUCUUAGAAACUUGGCUAGAAGAAACUGCCAUACACCUUAUGUUUUCUUAGUUGAUGUGGAUAUUGUGCCAUCUCGUGGAAUGGCAGAGGAACUGGAUAAUUUCCUAGCAAAGGCACCGAAGUGCCCCCUCUGUGCUUAUGUUGUACCAACUUACGAGCUAGAUAAGCGAGUAGCCAACUUUCCAGCUAACAAAUCUGAAUUACUUCGAUUGUCAAGAAACAAAUUAGCUAUACCUUUUCAUAGGAAGGUUUUUAUUUAUAACCAAUAUGCCUCGAAUUUUUCACGAUGGGAGUCCACCGGUGGUAACGAAACCCUCGACACUCACAUUAGUCAUAACGUAACCAACUUCGAGUUAUUGUAUGAACCGUUCUACGUGGCUCCAGACACGGUACCAGCUCAUGAUGAGAGGUUCCUGGGUUACGGGUUCACCAGGAAUACGCAGGUCUACGAGAUGUUCCUCAUCGGGUACCAAUUUAAGGUACUAUCACCUAUCUUCACUAUUCACUGGGGUCUGCAAGCGCGGAGAACUCGUCCCCUGUGGAGAGAGAAGCAAAAUGAGAAAAAUCGGAAGCACUUCGAGACCUUCAAGAGAGAGUUAUACGCAAGGUACAGGAGAGAUCCCCUGCAUCUAUUGAGAAGAGUUCAACAGGCGAAGAAGACAUAG